UUCAAAACCCAAUCAAACAUAUUUUUAAUUCUAAUUUCAUCUUCAAUUUCUCGAGCACCGUUUGACCAUGGCCGUUGACUCCUCUCCCCCGCCACCACCGGUCAACGAGAAAUUCGCUAAGAGCCUCGAAUUUAUUGAGGAGAUGACCACGAAUCCGGAUUCCGUGCAAAAAGGAGUGCUGGCCGAGAUACUCACCCAAAAUGCGCACACUGAAUAUCUCCAGCGCUUCAACCUUGGAGGCGCUACAGACCGCGAAUCCUUCAAGUCAAAGGUUCCAAUCGUGACGUACGAGGAUCUCCAGCCCGAGAUCCAGCGCAUCGCCAACGGAGACCGCUCUCCUAUCCUUUGCUCCUAUCCCAUCUCCGAGUUUCUUACUAGUUCCGGUACCUCAGCCGGUGAGAGGAAGCUGAUGCCGACGAUUCGCGAAGAGAUGGACCGCCGACAGCUGUUGUACAGCCUUCUCAUGCCGGUGAUGAAUUUAUAUGUCCCUAACUUAGACAAAGGCAAAGGACUCUACUUCCUAUUCAUCAAAGCGGAAACCGAAACCCCAGGCGGUCUGGUCGCCCGGCCGGUUCUGACCAGCUACUACAAGAGCGACCAGUUCAAGAACCGGGCGGUCGACCCUUACAAUACCUACACCAGCCCGGACGAGGCCAUCCUCUGCGUGGACUCGUUCCAGAGCAUGUACACGCAGAUGCUCUGCGGCCUCCUCAUGCGUGAGGAGGUCCUGAGAGUCGGGGCAGUCUUCGCCUCAGGCCUCCUCCGCGCCAUCAAGUUCCUGACUGUUCACUGGCGCCAGCUCGCCCUAGACAUCUCGACCGGGGUUUUAAACCCUAAAAUCACGGAUGUAUCUAUACAGAAACGGAUGGCCGGGAUUCUUAGACCGGACCCAGUCCUAGCAGAGUUUAUGAGCAGAGAGUGUGAAGGUGAAAAUUGGGAAAAGAUAAUCCCUAGAAUUUGGCCUAACACAAUAUACCUGGAUGUGAUUGUGACGGGGGCGAUGGCUCAGUACAUCCCGCUGCUCGAUUUCUACAGCGGGGGGCUACCUCAGGCGUGCACGAUGUACGCGUCGUCUGAGUGCUACUUCGGACUGAACAUGAAGCCGAUGACCAAGCCGUCGGAGGUUUGCUACACCAUCAUGCCCAACAUGGGUUACUUCGAGUUCCUCCCCCACCCGCCCGAGACUGAACAUGGGGCAGUGGAGCUUGCUGACGUGGAGGUGGGGAAGGAGUAUGAGCUAGUGGUCAGCACCUACUCAGGACUCUGCCGCUACAGAGUUGGAGAUGUCCUGAAAGUGACAGGUCACCACAACUCUGCGCCGCAGUUUAAGUUCGUACGGAGGAAGAACGUGCUCCUCAGCAUCGAUGCGGAUAAGACGGACGAGCUGGAGCUGCAGAAGGCGGUGGAGAAUGCGGCGGCGUUGCUGGAGGAGUAUAAAUCGUCUGUGGUUGAGUUCACGAGCUACGCGGACACGGGGUCCAUCCCGGGGCACUACGUGGUGUACUGGGAGCUGUCUGGUGGGGCCCCGGGCGGGGAGGUGAUGGACAAGUGCUGCCAUGUGAUGGAGGAGUCGAUGAACUCGGUGUACAGGCAGUGCCGGGUCGCCGACAACUCGGUGGGGCCGCUCGAGAUUCGGCUGGUGCGGGGGGGCACGUUUGAGGAGCUCAUGGACUACGCCAUCUCCAGAGGCGCGUCGAUUAAUCAGUACAAGGCGCCGAGGUGCGUGAGCUACACGCCCAUCGUGGAGCUGCUCGACGCGAGGGUGGUGUCCGCGCAUUUCAGCCCCGCCCCACCGCACUGGACCCCGGAGAGGCGGGGUUGAUUCGUUAUGGUGUUUUUGGAAUAAGGUGGUUGUUGUGUUUGAUCUGGAUUGUGUUUUUUUUCUCUUUUUAAAUAUUGUGAGUAGAUUCAAAUAAAUGGUAAAUUUGUCUGUGA